AUGGCCAGCGGUUGGCAUAAGUUCUACUGCAUGAGCCUGAUAUUUCUUUAUGCUACCCAGAACUUGAAUCUGUUUGUUUUCAUUCCUUUUGUUUCCUGUAUAAAUUUUAUAUGCGAAAUGAGAUUUGUAUAUUGUAAAAGAAGAGGCCUUAUUUAUAUUGAUUACUCUAUGUAUUACAUAGAUCAUCUUACACUUCUGGAAUUUGAAAGGCAUAAGACUCAAAGUGGCGAGAUUCAACUUCCAGUUGUUACUCUCCCUGAAGUCUUAGGAGCUGACAACGAGCUAAUUGAACAGGGUAAUGGCUCUCAAGGAUCAGGCAGGGCUCGGAGAGAUGCUGCCUCCCGUGCUAUGCAAGGAUGGCAUGCCCAACGUCUUUUUGGUUCUGGUGAUGUUGGCGAGACAAAUCUAAAAGACAAGAAUCCCAGCACUACGGCAAACCGUGAGAAAAAUCUCAAAAGCACUGGUAAUCAGUCCUAUAAACCCUGGGGGAAUGCUAUCGACACAUUUCUAACUCGACAUGUCUCUAAUCUGUCUGCCAGACUGGUCACGACAGUUGUUGAUGUUGGCCCCCCAGCUGAUUGGGUGAAAAUCAAUAUACGUGAAACUGAAGAUUGUUUUGAACUUUACGCUUUAGUGCCUGGGCUUCUGCGUGAAGAGGUGCGAGUUCAAUCGGAUCCUGCAGGACGAUUAGUCAUAACAGGUCAGCCUGAGCAACUUGACAAUCCCUGGGGUGUUACACCGUUCAGAAGGUACGACUUACCUGCCAGAAUCGAUCCAGUUCAGACUUCUGCUGUCGUUAGCCUUCAUGGACGUCUCAUUAUUCGUGUUCCUUUUGAGCAGUCAACAGCAUAAAUCUCGUGGCUUAUUAAGAUUUUGCGGAAUAGUUCAACAUUAUUUUGGUCAACUGGCUAAAUCAUAGAAGCAAUCUACUUUUGCUGCAGCUCUGUUGCUCAUUUGUCUUGAGGUUUCGAAUUCCUUUUGUGUCUAGCUUUGACCAGUAAUUUUAUCACAUUGCAUUAGUAAAUUAGUUCUAGAGGGCUUUUUUUAUAUUAGAAAUUGGAACUCAUCAGUGAGACACUAGGGUUUUUUUUGGGUUAGUGGCUUUAUCAUUUCCCUGUAAGACAUGGAUUGUUGU